AUGAAGACCACCGGUGUUGCGGCCCUUGCACUGGCUUCGGUUACACAUUCCCUAGUCUUAUCUAUAAUGGUGCUUGAACCAGGCAAAGGGAACCCCGAAACUAUGCCCGUCAAGGCUGGCGACACGGUAGGCUUCCGAGUAGAUGUCAAUGUUACGCAUCCCGGGCCUCUUCAGUUCUACAUGGCAAAGGUUCCGGGAGGAGAGACUGCCAAAACCUUUGCGGAGCAUAUUGCGUUGCACAAUUCGCAAAAAGUAGGCGGCGCACAGUUCUACUUGGGUUGUGCUCAGCUUCAUGUCUCCGGUGGCGGCACUAAAACUUUCUCGGGCGUGUCGUUUCCCGGUGCUUAUUCUGCUACUGAACCAGGAAUUCUAUUCGAUAUCAACUCUGUUCCUACUUCCUAUGCUGUCCCGGGCCCUACCCCUAUUUCUUGCUAA